CACAAGGUAGAAAGAGCCAAACCUUCACAAACCUUACACGCUACACAGACACAAUCCAGUCGGAGAUGGCCGAAGGAGGAGAUGAGCUGAAGCUGCUGGGGUCAUGGUCGAGUCCGUUUGUGACGAGGGCCAAGCUUGCCCUCGCCAUCAAGGGCCUGAGCUACGAGAACAUCGACGAGGACGUCCACAACAAGAGCGACCUCCUCCUCACCUCCAACCCCGUGCACAAGAAGAUUCCCGUGCUCAUCCACAACGGCGUCCCCGUCUGCGAGUCCAUGAUCAUCGUGCAGUACAUCGACGAGGCGUUCGCGGGCACCGGGCCGCCGAUCCUCCCCGCCGACCCCCACGAGCGCGCGGUCGCCCGUUUUUGGGCGGCCUACGUCGACGACAAGCUCGUGUCCCAGUGGACGAACUCGUCCAGAAGCAAGACGGGGGAGGAUAAAGCCGCCGAGGCGAUGAAGGAGAUGCUACUGGCUGUGCAGACCCUGGAGGGAGCCCUGAGGGAGUGCUCCGAGGGGAAGGGCUUCUUCGGCGGCGACAGCGUCGGGCUGGUGGACAUUGCCCUCGGGAGCAUGCACUCGUGGCUGAUGGCCAUCGAGGCCAUGUCCGGCGCCAAGGUGUUCGACCCCGCCAGGACCCCGCUGCUGGCGGCGUGGAUGGAGCGUUUCGGCGCGCUUGAUGUGGCCAGGGCGGUCCUGCCGGACGUCGGCAGGGUGGUCGAGCUCGCCAAGAUCAGGCACGGACAAGCUGCCGCAGCUUCAAACAAUUAGUUAGUCAGCUUGGUGGCAUAUGACGUACACGUCCGUGAAAGUGGGCCGGGAUGGCGGUGUGAUUUGCGUGGACAAAUAAAAGCACAUUAUAUACCGUUUGAUUGUUGUUUGUUGUUUACGUCGGCAGGUUAAUGUAAUACUCUCUCCGUUC